UUUGGACAAAUAAUAUUGUAUAAGCUAAAGAAUGAGGAAUGCCCUCUUGCUGAAGAACAAGCAGUUUGCCAGACCACUAAGUGUGCUGGACUUUUAAAACAACCCACCCAUUACAUAGCAUUUAAAGAGAUCAAUACCACACCCACCCCUUUACAUACGUAUAGUUCCCAAAUUUAAAACCUCCCUUGCUGUUGCUGUUGCUGUUGCUUCCUUAACUUAUGGCUCUACACGUACGUUGCAAUAAUAGUCCCGUGUUAUGAAUAGUUAGUCAUACACACCCUUGCCUUCCAGUUCCUGCAGCCACCUCUCCCGAAAGUUGGGUAGUCACAGAAAAUUAAAAAUGGAGUACGGUGGGUCGCAGUCCCCAGGGGAGCAAGAUGGUUCGGAUUCCCAAGAGAGGAGGAAACGCUAUCAUCGUCAUACUGCCAAUCAGAUUCAGAGGCUUGAGUCAAUGUUCAAAGAGUGCCCCCAUCCAGAUGAGAAACAAAGGUUGCAAUUAAGCAGGGAGUUAGGCCUGGCCCCGAGGCAGAUUAAGUUCUGGUUCCAAAAUAGGAGGACCCAAAUGAAGGCCCAACACGAAAGAGCUGACAAUUGUGCUCUUCGAGCUGACAAUGACAAGAUACGUUGCGAGAACAUAGCCAUCAGGGAGGCCUUGAAGAACGUUAUCUGCCCUUCUUGUGGUGGCCCACCUCUCAAUGACGAUUCUUAUUUUAAUGACCAUAAGUUGCGAUUAGAGAAUGCCCACCUCAAAGAAGAGCUUGAUAGAGUGUCUAGCAUUGCUGCCAAGUACAUUGGAAGACCAAUUUCCCAACUCCCGCCGGUCCAGCCUAUUCAUAUAUCGUCUCUGGACUUAUCAAUGGCGAGUUUUGGAAACCAAGGGAUGGUUGGUCCGGCUCCUGCUCCUUCCCUUAAUCUUGAUCUUCUUCCUGCUGGGACUUCCUCAUCCAUGCCAAAUUUGCCUUAUCAGCCUCCUUGCCUUUCGGACAUGGACAAGUCUCUCAUGUCAGACAUUGCCUCCAAUGCCAUGGAAGAAUUUCUCAGGCUCGUGCAGACAAAUGAACCCUUGUGGCUUAAAUCAAACGUCGACCGUAGAGAUGUUCUUAGUUCUGAUGCCUAUGAUAGAAUGUUCUCCAAGCCCAAUACUCGCUCCAAGAAUCCUAAUGUUCGAAUUGAAGCAUCCCGAGAUUCUGGAGUCGUAUUACUGAAUAGUUUAGCUUUGGUUGAUAUGUUUAUGGACCCAAACAAAUGGAUCCAACUUUUUCCCACAAUUGUCUCAGUGGCAAGGACUAUUCAAGUCAUAUCUUCUGGGGUCAUGGGCAGUUGCAGUGGUUCUUUACAAUUGAUGUAUCAAGAGUUGCAAGUGCUUUCUCCACUUGUUUCAACUCGGGAGUUUUACUUCCUGCGUUACUGUCAGCAAAUUGAGCAGGGCACAUGGGCAGUAAUGGACGUUUCUUAUGAUUUUCCCCAAGAUAGCCACUUUGCUCCUCAGUUUCGGUCUCAUCGUUGUCCUUCUGGUUGCUUGAUCCAGGACAUGCCUGAUGGGCAUUCCAAGAUUACUUGGAUUGAACACGUAGAGAUUGAAGAUAAAACUCUUCCUCAUCGGCUUUAUAGAAAUCUUAUUUAUAGUGGGAUGGCAUUUGGAGCUGAAAGAUGGCUUACUACCCUCCAGAGGAUGUGUGAAAGAUUUACUUAUCUGAUGGCUACAAGCAAUCCUACCCGGGAUAAUCUUGGAGGAGUAAUUUCAUCUCCUGAGGGCAAGAGGAGCAUGAUGAAACUUGCUCAAAGGAUGGUCACCGAUUUUUGUGCCAGCAUUAGCACAUCAAGUGGCCAUCGAUGGACCACGCUCUCUGGGUUGAAUGAAAUCGUAGUAAGAGUCACUGUCCACAAAAGCUCAGAUCCUGGACAACCUAAUGGUGUGGUGCUAAGUGCAGCCACUACCAUUUGGCUCCCCACCCCUCCACACACUGUCUUUAAUUUCUUCAAGGAUGAAAACAAAAGACCUCAGUGGGAUGUUCUUUCCAACGGUAAUGCCGUUCAAGAGGUUGCCAACAUAGCAAAUGGUUUGCACCCUGGUAACUGUAUAUCAGUUCUUCGAGCUUUCAACAACAGUCAGAACAUGUUAAUACUACAAGAAAGCUGCAUAGAUUCCUAUGGUUCACUUGUGGUUUAUUGCCCAGUUGAUCUGCCAUCCAUCAACACAGCAGUAAGUGGUGAAGACCCUUCAUACAUUCCCCUACUACCAAAUGGAUUUACCAUUUUGCCUGAUGGUCAGCCUGACCAGGAAGGAGAUGGAGCAUCAACUAGCUCAAACACAAACAGGAAUAUAGCAAGGUCUGGUGGUUCACUAGUUACAAUUGCAUUCCAAAUUCUAGUGAGCAGCUUGCCAUCUGCUAAGGUCAAUAUGGAGUCGGUGACAACUGUUAACAAUCUUAUUGGCUCCACUGUCCAGCAAAUAAAGUCUUCCCUAAGUUGUCCUACCUAGUUCCUGAUGAAUUUGCUCAUGCCAUCCUUAAAUAUGUCUAUUUCUGCUGGUGGGAGAAAUAUUUUUUGGGUUAGUUGGGACUUCGAACGCUUUCUCAUCUGAAGAAAAAGCCUCAUUAUUUACUAUUGCUAGUUGUUGGUGUGGUGGUGGUGGUAGAGCUAGCUAUUUUUUCGCUUUUUCAAGGUUGAAGUUGUGUUACAUUUCACAUCAACUACCAUUGUUUUGGCAUUAUAGGUAAGGUCUAUUUUUGGGGUGCAUGAGUGGGUAAGGCCUUUAUUUGUUUCCUAGUUUGCUUAUUAGCUUUGAAAGUAGUAGAAAUCUUAGGAGUCAAGAACGCACCAUAUAUGGCCUUUAUCUUCUCCACAUUCCCAGAUUAACCAACAGUUGAAGAAAAAUGUGUAUGGUUCGGGUAUUGACUUCUUGUUCAUAAUUUAUUGUUCCCCUUUUGUUGUAAUAACUCAUUUUUUUCUCCCAAUAUAAAUUGAAGGAAAAAAGAAAGUGUGAAUGAAAUCAUGAAUAUAACGAGGUGGUGGAGGCAGAUAGAUAUUGACAGUUCGGAUGCCUUUUUCGGCUUGACAUCAUUAGUGCUCACCAUGUUGAAUGUUUUUGUACCUUGAUUGAAACUAAUCCGCAUGGCCAAAAUGUGAAGAUAAUUAUCAUACGGAUUCUUGAAGAUGCUGAUAGUGCUCGCCAUGUAUUUU